CACAUACGUUCGCGUAGCUCAAGGUCGAGUUAUGCAAGCCUGAUGCCACCACGAGCUGCCCCUCGUUUUGAAGACGCACGCCUUGUUCUGCGCGACACACCGUUUGACCUUUCUCUCGCUCUGUAUACAGUUCGUGCAAAAGGCCGAUUCGUCGUGACUGGAGAACGAGAUUCGCACCCACAGAAUUUUCCUUUUCUUUCAUUCGACUAGGCCGGAAAGAAGAAAAAAAAAAACAAUGCCCGUCGACGCAGCCACCAGCGCUGCCCUGGCCAAGAUCUGGGAUAGCAAUUUCAACCCCACCGCGGGAAUCGACACGCCCACGUUUCCAGCCACCAUCGCCGCCCUCGCCGCCCUCGGCGUCAACCGCUACCGCGUCGACUUCGUCGCUCAGACGGUGACGUCGUACGUCGGCACCGAAGUCGACACCUACACGUUCAGCCACGCGACCGACGCCGGCACCAUCAAGUGGUCCGAGACGAAGCUGAAGCAGGCCAUCAAGAAGGCCCAGGACAAGGCAAAGUCCGGACGCAGCGACUACGCCGAGUUCGAGAAGGAGGCCAUCGCGGCCGGCGUCAGCGACUACACCACGUACCUCGACGGCAAGAGGGUGGUCUACGCGAGUGUUUUGGGCGACUUGUACACGGAGCCUUUCUCUGUCGUUCAGACGGGCGCAAAGCCGGACGCAAGGCGCCUGAGAGAAGCUGUCGGUAUGGUCGACAUCUGAGAAAAUCUCCGGGCGAUGUGGGCUCAAGCCCAUGGCGUCGUGGGGUACGGAAGCGUCGGCUGGACGAUUCAUUGGCAACGCAAGCACGGCACGGACGGUUGACAUCUGCUGCACGGAGUAGGAGACGAAACCUGCAAGAAAACUACGUACAUACGCAUCAGGAGUUAAAUAACAAAAAAUUACUAUUUUCCACGCA